AUGGCUUCUUGGAAUGAUGAUUCACCAUUAAAUGAAAAUACUUUGAAGGAUUGGAAUGAUGAUUCUCAGUGGAAUGAAGAUGACCGUUCAAGACAGAUUAAUGAGGAAUUAACACAAUAUGAAGCAGUAGGUGCAUUGGUUGGUCAUUACUGUGAAAUAGUGGAUAAACAUGUUUUCCACCUCUUAUGUACCAAAUUGGAGGAACACGGUUUACGAAAGUCUAAAUACGUAGGAAUUGAAGAAAUGGUCGCGAUGUUUUUAAACACGGUUGCACAUGGACAAUGCAAUAGGAUGAUCCAGGAACGGUUUCAACGUUCAGGGGAAACUGUAAGUAGGCACUUUCAUAAUGUACUGCAAGCUUUCCUUAGCCUAUUGAGUGAACUUAUUCGACCCAUAGAUCCUACAUUUCGUGGAACUCAUAGAAAAAUUGAGACUGAUCCACGUUAUUAUCCAUUUUUCAAGGACGCAAUCGGAGCAAUUGAUGGCACUCAUAUUCAGUGUGUUGUCCCUGCUGCAAAAAGAGACAAAUUUAUUGGCAGAAAGGGAAAUCCAUCACAAAAUGUCAUGGCUGUAUGUGAUUGGCAUAUGUGUUUCACUUUUGUCUUGGCGGGAUGGGAGGGAUCUGCACAUGAUGCUCAUAUAUUUGACAGUGUUAUUACAAAUUCAUCUCUUAAUUUCCCUCAUCCACCUCCAGGGAAAUAUUACUUGGUUGAUGCGGGAUAUCCAACACCAAAUGGAUAUCUAGGUCCAUACAGAUCUGAGCGUUACCACCUUCCGGACUUCCGACGACAAGUAGGAUUCCGAAAUAGCAACGAAGCCUUCAAUUACUAUCAUUCCAGUUUAAGAUUUGAUGAUGAUGAUUUUUGGAAUGAAGAUGAUGAUUUGCAAAUGGGGAUGACUUCAAGCUGGGGAAGACGGAAAGAACGGGAAGAUUAG